UCUCCACAACACCAGCGGACAGGUGAGCGCCGGGGACACCUUUCAGCUGUCAGAGCGAUGCAUGAUGGUUAGUGUAGUACCGCGCUGCUAUCUCAAACUCCACUUUGACCCAUGUGACAGAGCCGUCAGUCUCAUUUGUGUGUACUGUGACAGAAAAAUGCGGAACUUGUGCGCAGCGUGGUUCUUCCUAUUUACAGAGAGUCAGUGAARCAGGUUCGAGACCCACAGAGAGUCCGUGCAGAGAAACAGCAAGUCCAUGUCAGGAUGGGUUUAACAUAGUUAACACUGCUUGCUCCUAUAACUAAAAGGGCGUAAACUUUUUUUUUUUGCAUUUUUAUUAUUUUAGUGAAUUUUUCUUACAUUUUUGCGCGCGGAGGCUGCCUUUGAAAAUGCGUUUUAAUGGAUAUCUAAGGCUCCGGAUCGGCGAGGCGCUGGAGCUGAAGCCAACCACCUUCUCCACCCGGCACACCGUCAUCUUCAACAAGACUCUUCAGGUCCUGGACCCCUACAUUAUGGUGAAGGUGGACGACUGCAAAGUGGGCCAAACUCACACCAAGCAGAAAACCAACACGCCGACGUACAACGAGGAGUUCAGCCUGAACGUGAACGACGGGAAGCAGAUCGAGCUGGCCGUGUUCCACGACACGCCGAUCGGCUACGACGACUUCGUGGCCAACUGCACCAUCCAGUUCGAGGACCUGAUCAAAACCUCCAACGGCGGGGAGACCUUCGAGGGAUGGAUGGACCUGGAGCCAGAAGGCAAAGUGUUCGUCAUCAUCACUCUCACCGGAUCCUUCACUGACGACGACGCCAUAGCGAAAGAGAACAACCACAAGCAGUUCACCCGGACGCGUCAGGGCGCCCUGAGACGGAAGAUCCAUCAGGUCAACGGACACAAGUUCAUGUCCACGUUCCUCCGUCAGCCCACCUUCUGUUUCCACUGCAAGGAGUUCAUUUGGGGGGUGUUUGGAAAACAGGGUUAUCAGUGUCAAGUGUGUACCUGUGUAGUUCAUAAACGAUGCCAUCAGCUGAUUGUUACUGUGUGUCCGCGCAUGAAGAAGCCACCAAAAGAGCAGCCCGUAACUCAAGGCUUUAGCAUCAACAUUCCUCACAAGUUCAACAUCCACAACUACAAGUCGCCCACCUUCUGUGACCACUGCGGGUCGCUGCUGUGGGGGAUUGUCCGACAGGGGCUGCACUGCAAAAUUUGUAAAAUGAACGUUCACAUCCGCUGUAAAGGCAACGUUGCUCCCAACUGCGGCGUCAACAGUGUGGAACUGGCCAACAAGCUCGCAGAGAUGGGUCUGCAGGCUGGAGGACUUUCCAAAAGAAACACAAUUGUCAAAAGUUCCGAGCAGAGGAGGAUUUCCUCUGAGAGGAUGGAGAACACGAGUUCAGAAACUCAGCAGCAGAGCCUCCGGCUGGGAAUUUCAGACUUCACGUUCCUGCAAGUGCUCGGAAAAGGCAGCUUUGGGAAGGUGAUGCUGGCGAAACUAAACGACAAAGACAGCGUUUUUGCCAUCAAGGUUUUGAAGAAGGACAUCAUCUUGCAGGACGAUGAUGUUGAGUGCACCAUGACAGAGAAGCGAGUGCUGUCUUUGGCCCGCUGUCAUCCCUACCUCACGCAACUGUACUGCUGUUUCCAGACACCGGAUCGUCUCUUCUUCGUGAUGGAGUUUGUUAACGGCGGUGAUCUCAUGUUCCACAUCCAGAAGUCACGGAAAUUUGAAGAGGCCCGAGCUCGUUUCUACACGGCAGAGAUCACGUCUGCGCUUACGUUUCUGCACAGCAAAGGCAUCAUUUACAGGGACUUGAAACUGGACAAUGUUCUUCUGGAUAAAGACGGUCACUGUAAGCUGGCGGAUUUCGGAAUGUGCAAGGAGGGGAUGUUUGACGGUGUGGCGACAGGAACGUUCUGUGGGACCCCGGAUUAUAUCGCCCCGGAGAUCCUACAGGAGAUGCUGUACGGCCCCUCCGUCGACUGGUGGGCGCUCGGGGUGCUGCUGUACGAGAUGCUGUCAGGACACGCCCCCUUCGAGGCCGAAAACGAAGACGACCUCUUCGAAUCCAUCCUGAACGAAGAGAUUGUUUAUGCGUCGUGGCUCAGCGCAGACGCCGUGGAUAUACUCAAAGCUUUCCUGACCAAAAACCCCGUGCGGCGUCUAGGCUGCGUACCAUCAGAAGGCGGCGAGAACGCUGUGAUAAGCCACGCCUUCUUCGCUGGCAUUGACUGGGACAAACUGAACCGCAGAGAAAUCGAGCCACCGUUCAAGCCGAGGAUUAAAACGCCGGAAGACGUCAACAACUUCGAUCCGGAUUUCACUCAGGAGGAGCCCACCCUCACGCCCAUCGAUGAACCUGUGAUUCCUUCAAUCAACCAGGAGGAGUUUAGAAACUUUUCCUUCACUUCACCUGACCUGCUCGAGCUCUGAAUGCCUCGAACAUCCUCCUCCCCGGGUCAUUCCGUCUACCACCGCUUCUUGGAGCUUUCAGYAUCGCUGAGAUGUGAACAGAAAGUCAAGAAGUGAUAGAUCAACUCUGUUGCACUCACGGUAUUCCGGACAUCGCAGUUUGAGCAGAUUGUGAAAUCACGUUUAGUUUUUACUGUCAUACGACUUAAUUAACACACCCAUGCAAAGUGUGUUUUGAAAUGCUUUCGUGUUGUAAUGAAUUUGCUUCCUUUUACUCCAAAUGAAAAAAAAGCACUUUUUUAAAAAUAUUUAAUGGUAUGCCCUCCAGUUUUUCUUCAUGCGCACACAAAAAUAAUAAUUAAGAAGACAUUAGAAUGGUUUUUGAACAAGCGAGCCAGAUUCCCAUGAAAAUCGAAAUGCCGUUUUAAUCCAGGAAAGACUGACAGAGCAGAUGAAAUAGCUUUUCAAUGACGCAUCCCUGGCUCGAGAAAAAUCCUAAUUCACACAGACCCGAGUCCUCUGGCUGGAGGAGAGUUUUCUGUCCGCUCUAAAAAAAUAAAAAUAAAACAGCACAGAUAGCAAGAAAAACUAGGUCAAAACUUUAAUUAACACUCUAAAAUACACUUGUAGAAUAAUUAGUAGUGUGUAUAAAGUAUUAAUGACAUCUUUGCAUCCCUCUCAGAGUGGCUUUCUGUGUUACUGUAUCAGGCAGGCACAUUAGAGAUGCAGCGUUACAUUGGAGGCAAUCUGCUGACUCAUGCUGAUAAGGAAGUUUACCAAAAACUAAAUCAGUGGAUUUCAUCACACGGUAGAUUUUAAAACAGUGCAACAAUGUUAUAUAUGAGUAUUAUGUGUAUUUAAAGUCCUCGAGGAGCAACAGUAAUCCCUCAGUCCUCUGUUCUGGUUUACGCUCACUCACAGCAAGCACAGAGUCUUUGAAAGCUUCCAGGUCUGCGUGGGCAGCCUGCUCUGGAAGUGGGAACUCGUUUCAAACAUGCAAAUGCAAAGAAGAAGAAGAAAAAAGAAAAGUGUAUUAAAUGUUCUUUUUACUGAACAAUUCUGUCUCUAUGAGAAGUGAAAGUGAAAAGAGAGCUUUGAUACUUUAACCUACAUUAUAGUUCAUGGACUAUUAGUGUAACAGUUACUGAUCCUCUCGUAGGAGGCCUGUUUUUUUUUUUUUUUAACAUUGCAGCCUUAUAGAGGAUAAACAGGAAACCACACACCACGUCAUUACUGUUGCCUGCAAUCAAAAAAAGAAGAUGAAGGUGACGGAUUCGUCCCCGAGCAGCAGUUAAAUGUAUUUUAUUACAACGAGCCGUCAUCUGUGGUGCAUUUAAAUGAUUUAAAAUGACAAAAAAAAGACAAAGCUGAACAUCUUGCAGUUGGACCUGCACAGACAGGAACGAGCCAGUACACGAGUUCUUCCUGUUAGCAUGAAGGAGGAAGUCUUCAGGCUCCACAUGCGUUUAUCUCCUGCACCACAUGUCCUGUGUGGGACUGGAAAUUGGCAGCUUCAGAUGCUGAAUUGUAAUCUGGUGUGUUCCUAACUGAACUGAAUUUUUUUUAUAUAAAGUUUUCUUUCUGAAAGUUG